AUUCACCGGAGCCCUCUCGCGCCUGUAAAAUGAAGUGACCUUCCUCUCGCGUCCUGAUAGAGAAUCGGUCUGCCGACCGGCACGAGCAGAAUCCCGCUACCCACAAGAGAGCCCUCUCACACAGCCUAAAAGGUAAAUAUGGGUGACGUUGAAAAGGGGAAGAAGGUUUUUGUCCAGAAGUGUGCCCAGUGCCACACAGUUGAGAAUGGAGGCAAGCACAAGGUGGGGCCAAAUCUGUGGGGUCUUUUUGGCCGCAAGACUGGUCAGGCAGAGGGUUACUCCUAUACAGAUGCCAAUAAGAGCAAAGGGAUCGUUUGGGGCGAAGAUACAUUGAUGGAAUAUUUGGAAAACCCCAAGAAGUACAUUCCAGGCACAAAGAUGAUCUUCGCUGGCAUCAAGAAGAAGGGCGAGAGAGCAGACCUUAUUGCAUAUUUAAAGUCAUCCACAUCAUAAUGCUGAUGGAAAUGUAGGGGAAAUAUUUAAAUUAAAUGUUUGUAUUUGGGUCUGUAACAAUAUCUAUUAAAAACAGUGUGACCCCAAAUGGCCAGGACUAUUCCUUUUAGGUAUAACACAUGGCAUGCUUCCAAUGCCAGUUCAUUUCAACAGUAAGAAUUUUAAUUUCUUUAUGUCUAAAUAAUGUCAAAUUGAGUCAAGUUACUGCAGAUCCCCAGUGUUUUCACUGAGGGAAUGAAAAAUGUGUCCCCUGGUUUCACAGGAGCUGUUAUACAUUAAAUUAUUGAACUGUAUGAAACCCUGUAAUUGUUUGCAUUACAAUGAGUGACUGAGAAAGCAGUGUGCUUAUUGGUGACUAUUGUAUUUACCAGAUGGAUUUGAACUGUCAAAUAAAAUUCAAA